AUGGCAUCUGCCUCCACGGUGACAUUUGUAACGGGCAAUAAAAAUAAAUUAGCUGAAGUGAAAGAAAUAUUAGCCGAUGUUGUACCAUUAUUAAAAUCUCAAGAUUUAGAUCUACCUGAAUUACAGGGUGAACCAGGUGAUAUUUCUAGUGAAAAAGCAAAAUUAGCUGCAAUUAAAAUCAACGGACCGGUUCUCGUCGAAGAUACAUCGUUAUGUUUUAAUGCACUCAAUGGAUUACCGGGACCUUACAUAAAGUGGUUUUUGGAUAAAAUUGGUCACGAUGGUUUGAAUAAUCUUUUGUCAGCUUAUACUGAUAAAACAGCUUAUGCACAAUGUGUGUUUGCAUUUUGUGCGGGUCCGAACAGUGAACCAGUUGUGUUUGAUGGACGAUGUCCAGGACAAAUUGUAAAAGCGAGAGGACCAACAAAUUUUGGUUGGGAUCCAGUAUUUCAACCGGAUCAUCCAACAUUAAAACUAACAUUUGCCGAAAUGAAUAAAGCGGAAAAAAAUAAAAUAUCUCAUCGCAGUAGAUCAUUAGCAUUACUAAAAGAGUAUUUUAUAAAACAUCCAGAAAUUUUAAAAUAA